UUGUGAUUGGCCGUAGUGCAGUGGACACAACAGACAUGCACCGCUGCAUCACCAGGUUUGCUGAGCAGCACUGGCAUUGUUCGGUCCGCUGUAUGAGCUCUGCAGCAGGGAAGAGAAGAGCUCUGCCCAGUGCCUUCCCAGUGUUGGACCUGCCCCUCAAGCCCAUCCACCAAAGUGUGUUUGAAGCAAACCUCCGAAACAGCAACGCCUGCCGUAAGAAGUACACAGAGUUCAGUGAGAAGUUGAAGGAAGGUGGAGGGAAGAACGCCAUAGCCAGACACACUCAGAGAAACAGGAAGUUGCUGGUCAGGGAUCGGCUCCGACUCCUGUUGGAUGAUGAGGACUUCUUGGAGCUUUCGCCUUUUGCCGGUUUGGGUCUUCCGUACGGCGACAUCCCAUCAGCCGGCUGCUUGACUGGCAUCGGGAGGAUCAAUGGCCUUUGGUGUGUGUUCAUUGCCAAUGAUGCCACAGUGAAAGGUGGCACAGCAUAUCCAAUUACAGUGAAAAAGCAGCUACGAGCACAGGAAAUAGCUAUCCAAAACCGCCUGCCUUGUGUCUACGUGGUCGACUCAGGAGGGGCUUUCCUACCGCUGCAGUCAGAGAUCUUUCCUGAUAAGAACCAGGGAGGAAGGACGUUCUACAAUGAAGCCAUCAUGUCUGCCAUGAAGAUCCCCCAGGUGUCAGUGGUGUGUGGCUCGUGCACGGCGGGUGGAGCUUACAUCCCAACUAUGGCGGAGGAGGCAGUGAUGGUGCACCGGAUAGGAACCAUAUUCUUAGGAGGACCGCCACUUGUCAAAGCUGCUACAGGAGAAGAAGUGACACCAGAGGAACUGGGAGGAGCCACGCUUCAUUCAGAGGUGAGUGGCUGUGUGGACCAUUUUGCCUUGGAGGAGAAGGAGGCGUUUGAUUACACUAGAAACAUCAUAUCCACACUAAACUUCAAAUUGCCUGAGGAAGAAGAGGAGACGGAGAAAAGGAAAGCAGAGGAGGAGACGCUGUAUAGUUCAGAUGAGCUUGUGGGGCUCGCUCCAAAGGAAUACAACUACAGUCUGGACGUUAAACUGGUCGUCAGUCGACUGACAGACGGGAGCCGCUUCCAGGAGUUCAAAGCUCGUUAUGGAACCACACUCGUCACAGGCUUUGCAAAGAUCCAUGGCCACCUGGUGGGGAUAGUAGCCAACAAUGGAGAGCUGACAUACCAGGCUGCACUGAAAGGAAGCCAUUUUGUCCAGUUGUGUGACCAGAGAGACGUCCCCCUCCUCUUCCUCCAGAACACAGCACCUACAGCAGCUCUGACACUGGCCACAAAACAGGCAGAGAUAAAUAGUAACCGUCUGAAGGCUCAGGGUUCAAUGAUGUCUGCAGUGGCAUGUGCCUCCGUCCCCAAAAUCACCGUGGUGAUUGGUGGUUGCCACGGUGCCGACAGCUACGCUAUGUGUGGACGAGCAUUUGAGCCGAACUUUCUGUUCCUGUGGCCCAACGCCAGAGUGUCAGUGACAGCUCCGGGUCACGCUGGCUCUCUGCUUCCCCAUAACAGUGAGCAGGAGGAAGAGCAGGAGAAGCAGGAGGAGAAACUGAACAGGAGGUUAAAGGAGGAGAGCUCAGCUUUCUUCUCCUCCGGCAGGCUGUGGGACGAUGGAGUCAUUCUGCCUCAGGACACCAGGAAGGUUCUCAGAGACACCCUGGACAUCAUCAAACAGCAGCAGUAUCAGUUGUCCACAGGAAAAAUGCAAUCAGCACUUCUCCGUAUAUAGUGGCUCUCUAUCCGUCUCUGGACACGCCGAGACGACAGCAUAUGUCUGUCACUUAGUUUAAACUGCUGCUGCUAUUGGACCAACAGUAAUUUGACUUGGACUGGGAGCAGUUCUGAGUUUGGUCUGAUUUGUAUAAACUUGUAAUAAUUUAAUCUUCAAUGUCUUGAGCAGGAACUUCAGGGUCUCUGAUUUUUAGACCAGGAAAGAUCAAGUAUUUAUACAAUUUACUGACAUUUUUUGCUGUUUAUAUGUUUUUACAAGGAUAACUGUGUACUGUACAUGUAGACAUUGAGUCAAAACAUGCUAAAGAGUCCUGGAAAAACCUGCAACUGUACGUCAUUAAGUUUUUUUCUUCAACGCCACUUUUUCAUGAAGUCUCGGGACCCUGAAGGUUCACUGCAUCGUGACCAGCAGACAGAUAUCUACUGCUACAAUACAGGAAAGAUUUGUUACUACAAGCAACAUUUGGACUUCAGCCUUAAAUCAUCCAUCCAUUAUCUAUACACCACUUAAUCCUCAUUUGGGGGGGGGACGGCAGCUGGAGCCUAUCCCAGCCGACUCAGGAUGAAGGCCUGGGACACACAGCCCUAUUGCAGGGCUGCACUUACAUACAGACAACCACUUUACACCUACGGACAAUUUAGAAUCACCAAUUAACCCCAACAUGUUUUUGGACUUGUGGGAGGAAGCCGGAGAACCCUGAGAGAACCCACGCUGCACGGGGAGAACAUGCAAACUCCACACAGAAGGAUCCCAGGUGUCCUUACCGGGAUGCUCUAGCUGCGAAGUGACUGUGCUAACCACUGAGCCACCUUGUAGCCCUUGACAAAAAUGAAUUAAAAAAAUAAUAAUGUGGACUGUACAACUUUUCAUGAAUGCUCAAUCAGUUCUGAAAGUUGAACUGAAUUAACUGUUAUCAUGUUUGUGCCUCAGUAUUUCAUGUUGAAAUCAUUCUGUGUUUUGUUUUGUAUUAUGGUAAUAUACAACUUCAUACAGUUCAGAAAAUAGAACUAGUUGUCUUUUGCAUUUGCAUUUAUUGCGUUAAUCUGUGCGAAUGAGGAUCUACUUCUACACGAUUCCAGAUUCUGAAUCAGUGACAUGAUGAACAAUAACAGUAAAAAGUUCAAGAUUUUAUUGAUUUAUGCUUCUGAGAUAUUGUUGUUUAAUGUAUACUCAAAUUUCUAUGUGCAAAAGACAAGGUGAAAGUUGCGCAACAGGCAUAUGUGUGUGUGUGUGUGUGAAAAUACUUCAUCAGUUUUCACUGAUAAAAUGUAGAACCUAUAAAAGAAGAUUGAGAGUCAGAAAACCUGCUUCAACAUCAGCACUCAUUAACUUCUGAAUGAUAGAACGAUGAGUGUUUUCAACAAUAUUUUACAAUAUCAUCAGCAUACAAGCUGAUCUGAAAAUGUUGUGAAUGAUGCCUGAGAUGCUGAUGGACUGGAAAACCAGUGUAUCAGUGAGAUUAUUACUGUUAUUAUUACAGUGAAUUAGGAACUUUUAACUCUGUGUGUGUGUGUGUGUGUGUGUGUGUGUGUGUGUGUGUGUGUUCAGUGAACUGCAUCAGUCAGUUCAGUUUCUGUUCAGUCUGACUGAGGGAGGUUUUUGUACGACGCUUUUUCACUGUGUGAACACCCACUGACUGUUGAUGUAAUGGACACUCUGACAGUAAUAAACUGCUGCAUCUUCAGUCUGGACUCCACUGAUGGUCAGAGUGAAGUCAGAGUUUGAUCCACUGCCUGUAAAACGAGCUGGAAUCCCUGAAUCUCUGGUGCUA